CAUGUCCGCGGGCCACAAGUCAGACGCUGCGAGCGAUCUGCGUUCCUCUCCGACAUGGACGGCAUUUCCCUCUGAUUUCCCGUCGUUCGUGAACUCCGGCCAGGCCGGAAAAUCGCCACCGAUCCGCGUCGCGUCCGUCGGUUCCGCUACACGACUCUCCCGUGCGAAUUUCGGUCGGUCCAUCCGCCCGUCCGCCUAUCGAUUUUCCGCGGAAUGAACCGCUUGGGCCAGAUCCGCCUGCCGCCGCUCUCGGCGGCCGUCAACGUGGCCCAGCAGAUCCGCAGGCAGAUCCUGCCCGGCGGCCAGGCCGACGGAGAGGAGCGCCGGCAGGCCGAGCGCGUCCACUUCGCCCAGCUGCCCAACCAGCACCAGGCCAGCCACGGCGGCGUGGACGAGCACCACGAGAUGAGCAACAUGAAGGGCGGCACGAACCCCUUCGUCGGCGAGACGGCCGCUUCCUACCAGGAGACGGACAACGCCGGCUUGAACAGCACCUACCAGCGGCAGCAGAGCAGGAUGUCUUCGGUGGAUUUCUCGGAGGGGUCCGACUUCGUCGAGGGGAAGAGCACUUGUAAGAUCAACGAGUAUCAGGCGGCUUGGAACGUUACUAAUGCUAUACAGGGGAUGUUCAUCGUGUCGUUGCCCUUCGCCGUCCUGAAGGGCGGCUACUGGGCCAUCGCGGCGAUGGUGGGAGUCGCUUACAUCUGCUGCUACACGGGCAAGAUCCUGGUGGAGUGCCUCUACGAGCUCGACAUCCAGACGGGCAAGCAGGUCCGCGUCCGCGACUCCUACGUCUCCAUCGCAAAAGAGUGCUUCGGGAAGAAAUACGGCAGUAAGGUGGUCAGCACAGCUCAGAUCAUCGAGCUGCUGAUGACCUGCAUACUGUACGUGGUGGUGUGCGGGGACCUGAUGAUCGGCACCUUCCCCGACGGCGCCAUCGACACCAGGUCCUGGAUGAUGCUGAUCGGCAUCAUUCUGAUACCCCUAGGCUUCUUGAAAUCGUUGAAGAGCGUGAGCAUCCUGUCCUUCUGGUGCACCAUGUCCCACAUCCUCAUCAACGCCAUCAUCCUGGGCUACUGCUUGAUCUACAUCGGCGACUGGGGCUGGAGCAAGGUGAAAUGGUCGGUCGACUGGGAGAACUUCCCCAUCAACCUCGGCGUCAUAGUGUUCUCGUACACCUCGCAGAUAUUCCUGCCGACGCUCGAAGGCAACAUGGAGGACCCCAGCAAGUUCCAGUGGAUGCUGGACUGGUCGCACGUUUGGGCCGCCGUCUUCAAGUCGAUAUUCGGCUACGUGUGCUUCCUGACGUUCCAGAACGACACCCAGCAGGUCAUCACCAACAAUCUGCCGUCGGCGGGUUUCAAAGGAUUCGUGAACGUGUGCCUGGUGAUUAAAGCGUUGCUGAGCUACCCGCUUCCUUACUACGCCGCCUGCGAGCUGCUGGAGAGGUCCUUCUUCAGAGGUAAACCGAAAACGCGGUUCGAAUCCAUAUGGGCGGUGGACGGGGAACUGAAGGUGUGGGGGCCUGGCUUGGAGAGUGGGUAUCAUAGUUUUCACCAUUCUGAUGGCCUGCUUCAUUCCGCACUUUUCGAUCCUGAUGGGAUUCAUCGGCAGCUUCACCGGGACGAUGUUGAGCUUCAUUUGGCCGUGUUACUUCCACUUGAAGCUGAAGCGGGAAGGUAUGGAUAUGCGGGGAGUGGUGCUGGAUUAUUUCAUCAUAUCGAUGGGUUUCUUCUUCGGUUUCAUCGGCAUGUACGAUUCGGGCAAGGCUUUGAUCAAGGCCUUCGCUAUCGGGCUUCCAUUUUAACCGGAUCCGAUAGGGAAUAUGGCGGCUUGGGUUAUUGAGGAAAGUUUUUAGAUGAAUAAUUUUUCUUUACAUUGCUGAAUGUAAAGGUAAUUUGUUAUAAAUUUACCUGCGUUAAAAAUUGUGAGUGGUCAAAAGGAGAUAUUGGUUUCUCGCAAUUUUUAAGCCGUUUUUGAUGUUACUAAAGUAUUAUAAGACAAUAAUUAUAAAAAUAUCCCGAAAAGAAGUCUUCCAAUCUGUAAGUAUAUUUACGAUGUCGAAAAUGCGAGAAACAUGAAAUUUGUAUGAUAUUAUUUACAUUUUCAAAACGUAUCGAAAUCUUAUUAAAUAAUCGUAUUUUCCAAAAAUAAUACCAAAAAAUAUGAAAUUAUUCUACAAUGUUUGUAACCACGUCUUCCAAUUUAAUCUGUGGUAAAUAUUUACUGUAUGUCUUCCAAAUAUUUAUAGUCGAAAAAAAUAUUGCUGUAUUGAAUGUGUAUUAUAUUAGGAAUACUAAGCUAUAUAUUAUUUUGUGAUUGUUGAAAUUCAAAAUUACAUUAUAGUUCG